UGCGUUUUCAACCACAGGGUGAUAACAAUGUCGAGACGUGAUGAUGGGCUUGAUGGCAAGGUUUAUGUUGGAGGUCUGCCGAACGAUGCUACUUCCCAAGAGUUAGAGGAUGCUUUCCAUCGUUUCGGUCGUAUCCGCAAGGUAUGGGUAGCACGCCGUCCUCCGGGUUUUGCCUUCGUCGAGUUUGAGGAUGGCCGUGAUGCUGAAGAUGCAGUUCGUGCACUUGAUGGCACGCGGAUUUGUGGUGUUCGUGCCCGUGUGGAGUUAUCACAUGGUCGGCGACGUGAUGUAGCACCAAAUUACGGCGGCGGACGAGGUAAUGGUCGACAUUCAAGGUAUUUAGUUCAUUUUUUAAGCACACUUCUUACGGCUGCAGUCGUGUUGAACAGCUAG